UUUGAAAAAUCUAUGUAAACCUGACAAGUUCUAGUAAAAUUGUUUCACUAUUUUGAACGAGAAAAUGAGAUAUACUUCUUCAUCUGGUCUAUUGAUACCGGUUUAUUUGGUCGUCAUCGUGCUUUCCGAAUUCUUCGUCUGUCAAGAUAUCUGCGAAGACCCUGGAUUAGCGACAUAUGAAAAUGUGACUUCGGAAAACGGUUCAUACAAAUAUUCUUAUCAUUAUUACUACUCUCAAAUAAUACGUCACGAUCAGCCGUAUCCAGUUGUUAGUGACAGUUUUAAAAAAUUUAGUACCGAUCAGAAUGUUACGUCGAAAUUUUCGUUUAAAUAUUACGGUAGUAACGUCACUAGCUUUAAGAUUUUUCAGGAUGGUAAGUUAAUUGUUUUCUUUCAAUUAAAAUUGUUAUUGAGUUUUGUUCAUCACAAUUCAUUCCAUGAAUCAAGUUUGCUAUAACUUCUUCAAUGAAUCAGUUUGAUGCUUAUUCUCACAUUCAAAACGUUUCUUACGUGUUGAACUUAUCAAACGUUCGAUGUCUUACAGCAAACUAAUUACAGUUCAUGAAAUUCAUUUUUGUCUCCAAUUCAUUUCAAAAUAUUUCACUCAUUCACUAUAGAAUUUCAAUUAGAUUGUAUGUUUUCAUUAAAUAUAGGCAAAAUAAAAAUAUUCGGAGAAAGACAAAUCGGAUCGAUAUAUCAUAUUGUUUACGGCAAUUUUUUUCCUGAAUAUGAUAUGGUAGUUAACAGUGAGUUUUUCUAUUAUCCAACAAUAUUUUCUUUUGCUUGUUCACACACACUUGUUGUGCAUAAAUGGUUCAGUAUUUAGCUUGAUUAUUGCCUGAAAGCUAACCAUUUCACAGUGAUUAUAUUGUUUCUGUGAUUUGAUACCACAACAUGUGUUCACAGCACGUAUUCAUUACUGUCAAGUUAAAAUAUCAAAUAAACACAUGGAUUCACUACAGAAUAUACACAAAUCGAUUCAGUAGAAAUUAUAAACCAAAUGAUGUGGUUGCUGAGUGAAAAUGAACUGUUAUCCAGUCUAUAUAAGUAACAAUUGGAAAGAUGUCUCACCGAUGUGAUACCUCUUUCUAGAUUAAAUGAAUCAAAUUGAUCGCAUGUGUAACACUAAGCAAUGUUGUUCAACAGGUCAGUUUGAGUCAUUAACUUUAUGAACUGUCAAAUUAUACUUGACGUCUUCCAACUCUUUUCUGACAUUUAGUUGAUUCAUGAAAGUUAAAUAUCUCUUAGUCGCUAUCUGUGGACCAUUGGAUGUUUAACAUUAUUUAGAUUAUCCUGUUUAUAAAAUAAUGACAUUAAAACCCACGCCCUUCAUUACACAAUUAAUCAACUAAUGAUGAUUGAUCAUUUAAAUGUACCAGUUCACUUAAAUCUCGGAAGGAUGGAAGGAUGGUGAUAACUUGUCUGCCAAUACAUUUUUUGUUAGAAUGUAUAUUUAUUAAAAGAGGUAGAUAUUCAUUAUGCAGAUAUACAAAUGUCUUUUUGAUUUUCAUUUCUUUCAGAUGAUUUCAUUGCUGUCAAAUGGCAUUUCCAGACAUCGGUUGACGAUACAAGUAAGCGAACAUUGAUUGAUCAUUUGAUAUCAUAUGAAAUCUUAACACUUAAAACUACUCAUUGUGUUUGCUCAAACCUGCCUGUUCAGUUUGUGUAAUUCAAUUUUUCCCAAUGACUGACGGAAGUAGGAAUACAUAACGCUUUUGCAAAAUGAAGGUGGACUUGUACAUGGAAUCCAUUGAUCAAUUAAUCACAAUGAUUACGACUUGAAGAACAGUUAACAUAGACUGAAAGAGACUAGACUUAACGAGUAAUAAAUGGAUGAAUGAAGUUGCAACCCCAUCUCACAUGUGGAAACACUGAUGCACAGAUUCAUCAUCGUUGACUGGCUUCAAUGUAACUUGAUGUGAAGUCUGUUUAUUGUAACAAAUAAAUUGUGUUAUAUGUUCGUCCCAAAGCCAUUUUCUGCACGCACCACAUUCAUCGACACAGUCACUCAUAACAUAGUCAUUCCUAAAUAUUGCCCGCUAAAAUCAGUAAAUCCUUAUUACAAUAUGUCUGAAACUAUUCACUUCAUAUCUUCAACAAAUAAAUCUGUGUUCUUUGUAAACGCCAUGGUCAGAGUCAGUCGACUAAUCGAUUUGCCAAUGUGAUUAAUGAGUAAUCAAAUUCUCAAGUUCUAUUUGUGAACAAACAAUCCACAACACAAGUCAUGUGUUCAUAGGGUUGAUUGAUUUAGGAGUAAUGAUAGAAAAUAUUGCCCAGAAUUGUAUACUUCUCGGUUUCCGAAGACUAAACAGCUGACAUUCAUCUUGAAUAAAUUGUGUUCGUAUGUUUUGCAUGAAGUCCACUUGAUAUUAUUUAUAACGAAUUCAACGAAGGGAAACAUUUGAGAUAACACGGUAUAUGUUUGCUUAAAUUGGAUAUUUUUGUAAGUAGUCAUAUACACUGUCAGACCUAACAGUAACAAGCUCAUCAUCAUUCCCUAAGAAUUCUAAAUAUCAAUAGUCUUUUGUUUGCAGUUCAUAUAAUCAAGAUAACUAAUGUGAUACAUUCCAGUGGGAAGAUAUCUCUCUAUUAUGACGACGUAAGUUCUAAAAUUGAAUUGAAAUAAAAUUUUGUUUCAAGUACUAUAGCUUAAUGCACUCUUUCUUGCGUAUCAUUAAUGUGAAAUGUAUCAAGAUACAUUGAAUACGACAGAAAGGGGUCAACUUUUGUAAUGUGCAAACGGACUAUGUGACACUAUUAUUAUUCAUUUAAUGACACACACUUUAAUGUCCCACUUGCUAAAAACAGUGAAUAAUUAGAAGUGAAGAGUCAUCAAAAGAAACGAUGUUGUCUCUUCGCGACAGAUAAGGACAAACGGUGUACUUUAGAGUACAGCACGGAAACAGUCAUAUUAUGACAGGAUUUAUUUCAUCUUCUGGGGAUAAGAUGUUCGGAAAGUACAUUGCAGAAUAUUUAGAGGGAUUUAGUGUUUGAACUGUUGAUUGUUUCACAUUGUCUAUAUUUUUAAUAUCAGUGUUUGAUACUUCCAAUACUUCCUUUCAGAUCCCCACGGGACAAAAGAAAAUUCUACUGAGCUCUUUGAUUUCAGGUGUAAUUGAGUGUGGAAAAACGUUGGAAGGUAACAAUUACUGCUGGUAUUUUGAUGUAGAGUAACCAUGUCGACAGUUUUCUCUUAACGCAAUAUUACUUUCCAUUCGUACACGGCCAUCUUCAUGUCAACAUAGUAAACUGCCGUUUUCGCUCAAAGUGACCAUUUAUAACUGUAUUACAGUCUACAAUGAUUGGUUGAUUUGAAUGUAAGACAAAUCGAUUGAAGUGCAAUUAAAGUGUUGAGGAUAAUCGUGAGGGAUAAAGUCGAAAUACUUUUCAUAAAAGCACUGUCCAAAAAUUACUGUAUACUGGAUAUGAACCAUGAUGUGUGAAUAUCAUUACAGUAAAAUUAUGGAUAAUUAUUGGAGUAUACUUACACAUACAUUUAACGACGGACUGAUCUAGACAGGGAUAUAUGAACGACAAUAUUUGACAGAUCACAUAUCUACUGAUCUAUUUACUUACUCACUCACACGUUCAUUCACUCACAGAACAAACAGUCCCACUUGAAGUCCUUAGUCAUAUCACUACUCAAUGCAAAAAGAAAUGUUAUUUAUCAAACAGAAACAAAAGAGUGAUGCUUGUAACUGAUAGUUGUUUUAUAAAAUGCUCAAUCUUCAUGACAUAUUGAAGUGAUCAUGUGUUGUCUUAAGAUCAAGCUGAGUUUCAAGAUAAGCGUUUAGUGAAAGCGAUUUGAUGGGAUACAAUGUUUUGUCAUUAAAUGUGGGACAAUGCACUACAUAUUUGGUCAAACGGUAUACACUGAUCGGUUGAAAUAUGUUACUUGGUCUUUUAACAGUAAAUCUCAAUGUUGACUAUGUGUCAUUUGAAAUGUCGAAAGAAUUGUACCGAGUUGAACAUGUUUCUUGAAGAUGUUGCACUGAGAAUGUUUUAAAAUGAAUCAGAAAUUCAAUAUGAUCAUUUUUCAUUUAUGAGUUAAACACUGGCCACUUUCCAUCUCAGUAAUAAUGUUGAGCAUGUUUUGUGAAGAUUUUGUAUGAAAAACACUCUAUCUGUAAUCAGAAAUUUUUAAGUCUUAAUUUUACGGGACAUGAAAUGAUGAAACGAAUUGUUAUUUAAUUCAUGGGAAAUCAAAAUUUUAAGUGUUUUCUUUCAAAAAAUAUAUUUUAGAUGUGAGAAAACCUGAAAUAACAACCCCUGAAGAAUGGAUAAAAAGAAACACGUUAGUGGAGAUUGAACCUAUCAAGAGUAUGUUAAACCUUAUUUUAUGAACAUUGAAUAUUUCCGCACUUGAAUGCAUCACUUCUGUUUCAUCAUAUGAUGAAUUUCAAGUGUAAUUUUAUUUAGCCAUUAAACGAUAUCCAGUAGUGUUUCUCUGUUGACGUUUCCCUUGCUAUUAAUAAUUACACGUCGAUUUGCUGUUGGAUAUUUCAAAUGAUUAAGGACUCAACUUGAACUACUACAGAAGUCUUUACUUUCUUCAAAUUUACAGAUGUGAGAGAACCUGAAAUAACAACUCCUGCAGAAUUGAUGACAAGUGACACGUCAGUGAAUCUUAAACCAAUCGAAGGUAGGUUAAACCUUAUUUAAUCAGCAUUGAAUAGUUUCAUUUCUAAAAUUUCUGCUUUGUCAUGCUUGUUCGAUAAAUCGUAGGUGUAGACAAGUCAUGCGUUCAAAUUGCAAUUUAUCAUAGUCGAUAUAUAUGUACAGUAACAAAAUAACUGACGAUUUACACAAUAUAACAAUGUUUUCUUUCUCAUGAUUAUGUAAAGUGAGUGCCUACAGAGACUUUUCAGUUCACCAUGUGUUAGACUAUUGAAAUAACAUUUCGACUACUGGAAGAAUCACUCGAUACAUUAGUGUUCGGAUCGCAUUCAGUAUUUGUCGAACAAAAUAUUAUUUUCAAUAAUCCAAUGAGUCUGAUGUGCUAACUGACGUUUAACAGACUAGAACGUGGCCACAUAUUUUGAAACCUUCCAUCACAUAAUAGGUUAAUGAAACUGUAUUUGUUAAAGCCACAAUGAUGAUUUGAAAAACAAAGUCACUCUUGCUUUGUCUUCCAUCGAAUCAACAACAUUGAAAAUCAGUUUUCGGUCUGAGAACAGCUGACCUUCAUGCACUCAUUUCGAAAUAGUCAGUGCCAGUGAGCUCACGAAUUGAUUCUGCACUUUACACAUGCAGAAACGGUAUACAAAAUAUAGAUUGAUGAUAAAACUGAUAUCAGUUACACAUUUUGUUAUUCAUGUAUCUUUUGUUUGAUAACUUGAAUUGCCGUCUCCCUAAUUUGUUUCACAGUAAGUUGUUCAAUACACAAUUCCAUUGAAAAAUGCCAAAAUGCGACAACAUCAAGUGUGAAAUGUAUCUGGUAUGAAAAAUCUAAUAUGUGCAUUAACAGCGAUGAUAAUGAUGUUAAAGUAAGUAAUUGUUAAGAUUCAUAGAUUGUUUACAACAUUGUUAUAUUCCACAUUGUACAUCCGAUUACUUGGAAGAAAAUUUUAUGACUACGAAUACGUUUUGAUUUCAUGGUAACAACAAGCAAUGAACAGAAACGUUUUUUAACACAAAUGCAUGGAGUCAUAUUAAUUUUUGAGCUCACUGAGCUUAUAGUGACUUCAGAAAUCCAAUAUGAAAUCGUAUGUCAAUAUGAAUUGCCAUGAAUCACCGAUGAAAUCGGUUUGAGUGAUGAAGCGUAUUCCAUUGGAAAUUGUAUAUUAUGUUUGGAUAAUUAGUGAAAUUUUGUAGACUCUCGUUAUUAAAGUGUAGAACAAAGGAAUCAGUGAAAUUCACAAUGACGAAAAAUUUCGGAAAACCACUGUAUAAACUGAACCUUAUUCGGUGAAUAUUUGAUAUUUAGUAUUAAUGCUACUGUUUCGUUUCUCUUUCAGAACACCACCUCCGAAAUAACUGAACACAAUAAUCAUAAUAACACAUCUCGUUACUUGUAUAUCGUGAUACCAGUAGUCGUCGUCGUCGUCGCUUUCGGGGUCAUCUGCAUCGGAUUUGCCAUUCGGAUGUAUAAAAGAAAGAAGAGUAAUCUAUGAUUAACUGAAACGUCUUCUAGUUUGUUAUUAUUAUUUUGAUCGAAUUGUUUUAUUCUGUAUUUCAUUCGAAAACUUUACAUUUUAUUAACCAUUUCAAUUAUUUAAACAAGUUUUAUACAAUUUUAUGUUUGUUCACGUAUCGACUGAAGUAAUUCGGUUGAUUAAAUAACUGAAAUCGUUUUCAAUUAUUUAUGUGACGUUUUGUCUUUUUCAUUUAAUAAAAAGCUGAAUUAU